GCUCUUUCUUUCCUCUUGCUCCAACAUGGCUGAUCAGAACGAGCGCGCCUUCCAAAAGCAGUUCGGUGUUAACCUAAACCGUAAGGUCAAGCCCGGCGUCACCAAAAAGAAGGUGCUCCGCCGUUACCGUGAUGUUGGUCUCGGUUUCAAAACGCCACGUGAGGCCAUCGAUGGUACCUACAUUGACAAGAAGUGCCCCUGGACUGGCAAUGUGAGAAUUCGUGGCCGCAUCCUGACCGGCGUUGUGCGCAAAACUAAAAUGCAACGUACUAUUGUCAUUCGCCGCGAUUAUCUGCACUUUGUGCGCAAAUACAGUCGUUUCGAGAAACGUCAUCGCAACAUGAGCGUCCACUGCUCGCCCGCCUUCAGAGAUGUUGAGCACGGCGAUAUCGUCACGAUUGGCGAAUGCCGUCCACUCUCAAAGACCGUGCGCUUCAACGUAUUGAAAGUCAGCAAGGGUCAGGGCGCCAAGAAGAGCUUCAAGAAGUUUUAAGUGAGGACAACCACUAUGGAUAAAAACAAUAUUUGUAGCAUUAUUCUUUUUGAAUAAAACAAAAAAAAUGUAAAUGUAA